AUGAUGGAAAGUUUAGAGGUUGAACCAUAUGAGGAGCUUCCUGACUCAAAGAUGAACUAUCAGUGCUUGCUGCCGAAGGAAAUCGGAACAUGCAAAGAAACCUAUCCCUUCUACUUCUUCGAUAGAGAUACAAAAACUUGUCAGCCAUUCUCCUAUUCUGGUUGUGGUGGCAAUGAAAAUCGUUUUAUGACGUUAUCUCAAUGCACUAGCCAGUGUGAACCAUUUACACAUAUGACGAAUGCAGAGAUGGACUGUUUUCUGCCACUGGACGAAGGCUUUGGAAACAGCGAUAAGAAAUGUCUAGAAAACUCUGGUUUUCGAUUUUACUACUCUGAAAAAGAAGGUUUAGAUAAAAGAAAUUCUGGUAUCAUGGUUGCGGAGGAAAUGCCAACGCCUUUUACACUUAUGAGGUGUGUCAAAGGGCGUGUCGGUCCCGAAGUUUCAAAAUAG